ACUUCGAAACGUUGUUUACUUCGUGUGCCUUUUGAUUGAAGAAAUUGUGAAUUUAUGUUUAAUUUAUGCUCAUUAAUUGAGUUUUAGAGGAAUGGGGAGAAGUCCAAGCCCUCGACGAGAUAGAUAUAAACGGAGACGUUCUCAUUCCCGGGAAAGAAAUAAAAUUAAAGUCAGAAAAACCAGUCCAUCUUCUUCGGCACAACAAGCAGACUUCAGUUUUCUUGAUUACAAGAGAGAAUUAAAUAAAAUAAUACAAUACAGCAGUGGAACUAAUACUGUAGCUAAUAGUCUCAAUGAUUUCUGGAUUUUUGUGACCAAAUAUGAAGCUACUCUGAAGAAAAAUGGCAAACCUAUUUUUGUUUGUGAGGAUGAAAACGUUGAAAUAAACGAAAUUGGUGCACCCAUAUCCUUUUCAAAGUUCCAUUGUAUUAAUUUUAAAACAAAUAUAAAGUAUUUUGAUACUGUAAAUGAUGAUCGUGAUAGGAAAAGGUUGAAUAAACAAAUAUUUGAUGCAUUUUUAAAUAUUGUAUCAAUAUACAUAGAUUUUAAAAACAAGGAAAAGUUUGAUAAGCUUAAGAAGCUGAGGAAAGCACAGCAAGAAUUACCAGUGGCCAAAUUCAGAAAUGAAAUAGUCUCCGCAGUUCAGAAAGAAAGAGUGGUGGUGGUGGCUGGAGACACAGGAUGUGGGAAGUCAACUCAAGUGCCGCAGUAUUUACAUGAAGCUGGCUUUCAAAACAUCGCUUGCACUCAACCAAGACGAAUUGCUUGUGUGUCACUGUCAAAAAGAGUGGCGUAUGAAACACUCACUCAGUUCGAGAGUAAAGUUGGCUACCAAAUACGGUUUGAGAAGAGCAAAACAGCUGACACCAAGAUUUGUUUCAUUACUGAGGGAUUGUUGUUGAGGCAGAUGUCAUCUGAAAAUAUGCCGAACUAUGACGUCAUCAUUCUAGACGAGAUCCACGAGAGGCACCUCAUGGGAGACUUCUUGCUGGGAGUGCUAAAAUGCCUCAUACACACCAGGACUGACAUCAAGUUGGUGCUUAUGUCUGCGACAAUAAACAUCGAACUCUUUGAGAGCUAUUUUUCCGCUGAAUCUGCCGUAGUAAUACAGGUCCCAGGCAGACUGUUCCCCAUAGAAUUGAAUUACAAGCCAAUUUUCAUUGAAGAAAAACCAACAAGGGAUGACAGAUUGGACCCUCAACCCUAUGUGCAGAUAAUGCAACUGAUUGACAGCAAAUAUCCAAGUGACGAAAGAGGCGACUUACUGGUAUUCAUGUCGGGAGUCCAAGAGAUCACGGCCAUUUGCGACGCGGCCCAGCAGUAUGCGGAGAAGACCAAGAAAUGGAUCGUCUUGCCGUUGCACAGUGGACUCUCUCUUGUUGAACAAGAUAAGGUGUUCGAUUACCCCCCAGAAGGAGUUCGCAAAUGUAUAGUUUCGACAAACAUUGCUGAAACUUCUGUCACUAUUGAUGGAAUCAGAUUUGUCGUCGAUUCCGGUAAGGUCAAAGAGUUGAGCUACGAUUCAACAACCAAAAUGCAAAGGCUGAAAGAAUUUUGGAUAUCAAAAGCAAGCGCUGACCAAAGAAAAGGAAGAGCGGGGCGAACAGGUCCCGGUGUCUGCUACCGAAUUUACUCAGAGCAACAAUACACCGACAUGGAAGCGUUCAGUACUCCCGAAAUGUCGCGGGUGCCGCUUACAAGGCUACUACUUCUGAUGGGAGCGCUGGGCGUGGGCGACGUACGCCGCUUCCCACUGUUGGACGCGCCGCCGGCUGCUGCAUUAGAGGGGGCACUGCUAGAGUUGAAGCAGCAUGGCGCCCUAACAUCAAAUGAGAAGCUGACUUCUCUAGGCAAAGCCAUAGCCGACCUUCCAGUAGAAGUCUCCCUAGCCAAAGCCCUCGUCUUAGGGAGUGCCACGAUCCCUUCCCACAAGAGAGACUCGGCGAUAGCACUGGCCGCCGCUUUGGGGAUCCGAUCUAUAUUCACUACAAGAGCGCACAGGGACUUUGAAUGUGAGAAUGCGAGAAAACCCGAUGAAUCCGACCACGGCGAUCCAUUGACUCUCCUAUCGCUAUACUGUGCUUGGCUCAACGUAAAGGCGGAUAACCGUGGAGGCAGGGACUGGUGUCGCCGAAGGGGCAUAGAGGAGCAGAGGCUGUAUGAAGUCACCAAGUUAGUUGCGCAGCUGAGAGGACUUUUGCAGGAUAAUAACUUAUUGGAGACUGUCGAGCCAGAAACGAUGUCAUCCUCCGAGAGAGCCUUACGACACGGUCAAUUGAAACAACUCAAGGAUAUGAGAAGGCAAUACAAACAAAAGGCAGCCGAAGAGACCAAGCGAAAGAAACGCCUAAAGGUGGACUCUUGGGAGAUCGUGGACGACAAAGACGAUACAAAUGACACUCUUGAUAUAAGGGACAUAGAGUUCAAAAUGACGCACGACGCGGGAAGGAUACGAUCGCUUCUAAGCGGCGCUAGCGCUUCUGGUGGGCGGGACCUAAUAGUGCUAAAGAUAGUUUUGUGCAGAGCGUUAUAUCCACAAGUAGCAGUUGCAGACGAGUUCAAUCACUGUAAGUCAGUGGCAGAACAACUAUACCACACUUGGAGCAAGCCGUUUGUGUAUCUACACCCGAAUUCAUACUUUGGCAAGAAUCCCCGCACUAUACAGCUAGACGAAAGUGAUAUACAGACUGACACGCCUGUUGGGUUCAAAAGCAAGCUGCCUGUGUCAGGGAAACACCAGAUAUUGUGUUAUUUAUCUCUCCUAGAAACAACAAAGCCGUACAUAGUAAACUCCAUGCGAAUGCCGGCAGCACAAACAUUGUUGCUAUUGGCGCAUUCUAUAGACACCAACAUGGGUUUUUCCAGAAUCAUUUGUGACGCCUGGUUGCUACUGGAGUUCCCGUAUCCAGAAACGGGAUUGAAUUUGCUGUUGAAGGCCUCCAAACUGCGGCAAAGAUGGGACGCUUUGAUCAACAGGAGACUGUCAGACGCAAACCCAAACAAAAGCGUAGAGAAUGAGCUCCAAAAACAGAACACCAAAAUACCCUACGAAGAAAUUCAACACCAACUAUCCUGUGACAUCAGUUCUUACAUGUCUACUGAAGUAUACUAUACUAUAAAACGACUACUGCCCGGUGAUCUGAAAGUACUAUACUGUGGUCCGGAACAAGCGCACCCGAUUGUCGACCCUAACCCGUUUGAAGAAGGUUACGAAUGCCAUCCCCAUGAGAAAAAGGGCGGGGUCUAUGUGACGGACAGUAUUAUCUAUAAUUGUGUGGUGGACACAGACUGGAGUUACAAUACUUACGAAGAAACCUACUCUCUACCUUGGUCGUGCCCAGACUGCAGUAUAGCCUUAUGUCUUUCUCCAAUAGAGCGUCUCCAACACAAACACUUCAUGUGCUCCUCUAGAACAGAACAGAAGAAACCGGAACCCACCACAGCGCCGAAGGAUAAUCGACCUAACGCCAAAGAGUAUAAGUGCGAGAGUUGUAACAACACGCUGUAUAUGACGCCUGUGGAGAUAUUGAGACACAAAAAGAGUUGUAAGAUGAAAUAAAAGACGUUGAAAGUAUAAA